AUGCUUUUCUUGCGCUUGGCUUGGCUUGCUGGCUUGUUGGGCUCUGCUUUUGCCGCUACUCCUGCUCAAUGGCGCUCGCAGUCUAUAUACUUUAUGCUCACUGAUCGGUUCGCGAGGACGGAUGGGUCUACUACGGCGAGUUGUGAUGCCAGUCUAGGGAGAUACUGCGGCGGGACCUGGAAAGGAAUCGAGAAUAAACUCGAUUACAUCCAGGGAAUGGGCUUCACAGCUAUCUGGAUUACUCCUGUGACAGCGCAAUUGACCGAAGAUACCAAGUAUGGUCAAGCCUAUCAUGGUUACUGGCAGCAAGACAUUUACGGUCUUAACUCGCAUUAUGGCACAGCAGACGACCUCAAGGACCUUGCCUCAGCUCUGCAUAAGCGGGGGAUGUAUCUCAUGGUCGAUGUAGUAGCCAACCAUAUGGGCUACGAUGGUUCCGGAACCUCAAUCAAUUACGAUACAUUCGACCCAUUCAACGACAAGAAAUAUUUCCACUCCUACUGCGAGGUCAACGAUUACAGCAACCAAACCAAUGUGCAAGAUUGCUGGCUCGGCGAUACGACCGUCUCACUUCCCGAUUUGAGUACCGAAAGAGCAGAUGUCCGGACUAUGUGGUACAACUGGGUUGGAUCAUUAGUCUCCAAUUACUCGAUCGACGGCCUCCGCGUUGACACAGUCAAACAUGUCGAGAAGAGCUUCUGGCCCGGUUACAACGCAGCCGCAGGUGUCUACUGUAUUGGCGAGGUCUUUGACGGCGAUGCCGGUUAUACUUGUCCCUACCAAGAGGUAAUGGACGGAUUGCUCAACUACCCAAUGUAUUACCCUCUUCUCAAAGCCUUCAAAUCAACAGGUGGAAGCAUGGGCGAUCUCUACAACAUGAUCAACACCGUCAAGUCCACAUGCGCCGAUUCAACUCUACUAGGGAAUUUUGUGGAGAAUCAUGACAACCCGCGCUUUGCUUCUUAUACGGAUGACAUGUCACUAGCCAAAAAUGCUGCAGCCUUCACCAUCAUGGCAGAUGGUAUCCCAAUCAUCUACGCCGGGCAAGAACAACACUACAAGGGAGGCAGUGACCCGAACAAUCGCGAGGCAACCUGGCUAUCCAACUACAACACCGAUAGCGAGUUGUAUAAGUUCAUUGCGAAAGCCAAUGCUAUUCGGAAUCAAGCUAUCUAUAAGAGUGUUCAGUAUACGAUUUAUCAGAACUACCCUAUCUAUAAAGACGACACCACGCUAGCCAUGCGCAAAGGAUACAGCGGCUCUCAAACAAUUACCGUCCUUUCGAACCUCGGUGAAAAUGGAAGCUCAUAUACGCUGUCACUCUCUAAUACGGGCUUCAAGGCUGGUGAGGAAUUGAUGGAGAUCAUUACUUGUACUACUGUUACUGUUGAUAACAGUGGAAAUGUUCCUGUUUCCAUGGCGAAGGGAGAACCGAGGAUAUUUUAUCCUGCAUCAUUGAUCAAAGGAGCGAGUUUGUGUUCUUAG